AUGCCCAAAUUUGACCGUGAAAUUCCAGAGGAACGACUCAGAUUCCGAAAGCGACGCACGACAGACGUGGCGAUGGGUGGCAAGGCGAAACCCACCAAGCACACAGCCAAAGAGUUGGCGCAGAAGGAGAAGGAUGCCACCGUGAAUCGUGGAGGCGGUUCGCAAGGGCAGAAGGACCGAGCGGGUGGUUCUGUCGGGCAUUCCAAGUACAAGUGCCAUAUCUGCAUGCAGGCGGCUCCGGACCCGAAGUCGAUGCAGAUGCAUUUCGAAUCGAAGCAUCCCAAGGAGGAGUUUAGCAUCGAGAAAUGCACCGACCUGCAUGCCACCGCGGGCGGCGUGACAACUCAGGGUGUUGCCGUCAGAGGUGGCAUCAAGAAGCAUCACAACUGAGUGGCUUCGGACGCUUCACAAAUUUCACAAGUAAAAGAAAGCGCCAUUUUCCAAGUGGUUCUGAAUCAUUCUGAAUCAUUCUGAAUCAUUC